AUGGGUAGCACGGCCAAGAUGGUCAACCUUUGGAACAGGAGACAGAGCCUUUUCCCCAACUACAAAGUCUCAGGGGAUUACGACAAUCGACGGCCGUCGACGGACAGCGUUGGGCCGCUGGUCAAGGGGAGCUCCGUGAAGUCAUGGAGGUCCAUGCAGGACCUGAGCCGGGACAUCUACGACAUCUACGCAGAGUACGCAGACUACGAGGAGGACGAGGUGGACAAGGAUGAGAACCUGUUCUUUAGCUCCUCGAGACACGCCCCAAAGAAAAACUACAUGAUCAACAUCAACGUGGGCGGCAAGCCGUACCAGAUAGCCUACAGGAUGGCCGCCAAGUACCCCAAGACCCGGAUAGGAAGACUGGCCACCUACACGGACCACAACAUGAAGCUGGACCUGUGCGACGACUACACCGUCACCAACGACGAGUACUUCUUUGACCGGGACCCGGAUGUCUUCUUCAGCAUCUUCAACUUUUACCGGACGGGUGUGCUGUGGAUCAAGGAUGAGCUGUGCCCCCGCAACUUCCUGGAGGAGAUCAACUACUGGGGGGUGCGGAUCAAGAACACCCACCGCUGCUGCCGCAUAUCCUUCGAGGAGCGGCAGGACGACCUGAACGACCAGCUGAAGAUCCAACGGGAGCUGGAGGCCGAGGUGGAGAUCGAGGAGAACGAGGAGCUCUUCCAGGACAUGUUCCUGGGCCACUUUCGCCGGGUCAUCUGGAACCUGAUGGAGAAGCCCUUCUCCUCGGUGCUGGCCAAGCUCAUGGCCGUGGCCUCCAGCAUGUUUGUGCUGAUCUCCCUGGUGGCCAUGACCCUGAACACCGUAGAGGACAUGCAGUACAGGACCCCCACGGGGACGCUCAGCGGGAGGACCUACUGCGAGCACGUGGAGUCCAUGUGCAUCGCCUUCUUCACCAUGGAGUACCUGCUGCGCCUGAUGUCAACGCCGGACCUGGAGUCCUUCUGCAGGAGCAUGCUCAACACGGUGGACCUUGUCGCCAUCCUGCCGCAGUACCUGCAGCUGGUGCUGGAGUUCUUCGACAACGAGGAGAACUACAUGAAGCACGAGGCCGACAUGCAGGCGGUGCGGCAGGUGGGCAAGCUGGGCCAAGUGCUGCGCAUCAUGAGGCUGAUGCGCAUCUUCCGCAUCCUCAAGCUGGCCCGCCACUCCACGGGCCUGCGGGCGUUCGGCUUCACCCUGCGCCAGUGCUACCAGCAGGUGGGCUGCCUCUUCCUCUUCAUCGCCAUGGGCAUCUUCAGCUUCUCCGCCAUGGUGUACACCGUGGAACACGACAUGCCCCAGACCAACUUCACCAGCAUCCCUGCAGCGUGGUGGUGGGCGGCGGUCAGUAUCUCCACGGUGGGCUAUGGAGAUAUCUACCCAGAGACCAUCCUGGGGCGCCUCUUUGCGUUUAUCUGCAUCUCCUUUGGGAUUAUCCUCAACGGCCUGCCCAUAUCUAUCCUUUUCAACAAGUUCUCAGACUACUACGCUAAGCUCAAGACCAACGAGUACACAGCUAACAUGAAGAACCGAGGAAAGGUUAGGUUCGCCAAAAGGACAGCGAGAAUAGUAAACCUUUGUUGUCGUGGAACAAGGGUUGGAGAGGUUGAUACUUGA